AAGUGACGUAGGUCCGCCCCCACCCAUUAAAAGGUUAAUUUGUUCAACCUUGGCCCGCGGCUUUGUUCAGUUUUACAUUUUGGCCCACUCUGUAUUUGAGUUUGACACCCCAUUGUCCCUUUUUAGCGCGGCUAAAUAGCUCCACAAACCGGGAUGUUGUCGAGUGCAUACGUGUGAGCCCUCUCGUCGAAAAUAAACAAUCUGUUGGCUUUAAAAGGCCGCCAUUUUGGACGCGGUUCCCCAAACAAAUCGCCUUUUCGGACGUUGUUGGACUACGUUCGUGUUUUGUCGCACACGGGACGCGAAUAAUCGCGGACGUUGUGUCAUUGGUUAAAAAAAGAAACCGUUUAAAAGACAACUCGUUGGGAUGACGACGUUCUGAUACCGAGAGCGCGCGGCGGUUUGUCGCGAACGCGCUUUUCAUCAGUGCUCGGUCUCGCUGUUGCGAGGGAUCGAGGCCUCGGGGACGCGCACGCAGGAGAAGCCCGGGAAUUACGUGGCGUGACGUCACGGCGCGUCACGCCACUCUGGUCUGCGUUCAACCGACACGGAGAGCGAUGCCGAGGGAAGAGAAACAUCCAACCGCACUUUAGCGCCCUCUGCUCGGAUCCGCCACCAGCCUCCGUGCCCGCGUAAGGAGGAGCCGCCAUGGGAUUGAUUUCCACGUCGCCCCGGGCCUUCUCCGCGGAUGUAGCGGACGGUCUGUAGCCACACCCGGCGUCGAGACUCCACAGCGCAGCGGCGGGUUCUUCCACCAGGUUCCCGAUGCUCGGCCCAAUCUGAGCGUGUUGCUCGAGGGUGGCGGGAAGCAGCAAGGACGGUCCAGGUCUUCAGUCGGAAUGAGCGGGGGAACGGAGCAAGCCGACAUUCUAAGCGUGCUCUCCUUGGUGAAGGAACGAUGGAAAGUGGUGAAGAAGAUCGGGGGCGGAGGUUUCGGGGAGAUCUACGAGGCGCUGGACCUGCUCACGCGGGUCAGCGUGGCGCUGAAGGUGGAGUCGGCCCAGCAGCCGAAACAAGUGCUCAAAAUGGAGGUCGCCGUGCUCAAGAAGCUGCAGGGGAAGGACCACGUGUGUCGCUUUGUGGGAUGCGGACGCAACGACCGCUUCAACUAUGUGGUGAUGGAGCUUCAGGGUCGUAAUCUGGCCGACCUGAGGAGGAGCAUGAGCAGGGGGACGUUCAGCAUCAGCACCACGCUGCGCUUGGGCCGCCAGAUCCUGGAAGCCAUCGAGAGCAUCCACUCUGUGGGCUUUCUGCAUCGGGACAUCAAGCCAUCCAACUUCGCCAUGGGUCGCUUCCCCAGCACCUGCAGGACUUGCUACAUGCUGGACUUCGGUUUGGCCCGACAGUUUACCAACUCCAGCCAGGAAGUGCGACCGCCCCGUCCAGUGGCGGGAUUCCGUGGAACAGUCCGUUACGCGUCCGUCAACGCACACAAGAACAAGGAGAUGGGUCGCCAUGACGACCUGUGGUCCCUCUUUUACAUGCUGGUGGAGUUUCUUGUUGGCCAGUUGCCAUGGAGGAAGAUCAAGGACAAGGAGCACGUGGGCAAGCUGAAGGACACGUACGACCAUCACUUGAUGCUCAAACACCUGCCAGCAGAGUUUGCCCUUUUCCUGGAGCACAUCUCCAGCCUGGACUACUUCACCAAGCCCGACUACCAGCUGCUGAUGUCGGUGUUUGACAACAGCAUGAAGACCUACAACGUGGUGGAGAACGACCCGUACGACUGGGAGAGGACGGGCACAGACGGUACCCUGGUGAUCAGCGCCAGCGCCACCACGCCACAGCAUCACACCCGCCUCACGCCGGCACACAUGGGUAUGGCGAACGCCUCCUUGAUUCCCGGCGACUUACUGAAGGAGAACACGGAGGAGGUUCUGCAGGACGAGCAGCUCAGCGACGCGGAGAACAACGCCGCCCCCGAACGUCUGCCCGGUUCUCCCGGCCACCCCCCUCGCGCCCAGGAGGCCGACGUGUGGGAGGAACUGGACCGCAACCGCAACCGAAUCCGAACGGCGCUGUGGAAGGCCGCCGCUGAGGAGGAGCACAGCAACGACCCGCCGGCCAACCAAGGACAUCAAGGCCCCUGCGUGGGGCCGAGUCUGGGCUCGCCAGUCAAAACGCCGUCGGAGGCGGCGGCCUCAGACCGCGAGGGCCCCCUGCUGAGGAAGCUUCGCAACAUCCACAGCUUCGAGCUGGAGAAGAGACUUGGCCUGGAGUCCAAACCCAAUCCGGAACGCUUCCUGGAGGCUUGCUCCACCAAGCAGGCGCUCGCCAACCGGCAGCAGCAUCAGGAGGAGGACGAUGCAGCCGAUGGGGUCCCGGUUCCCCGAGGCGACGCGCCCCCCGCAGGCGAGCGUCGCGAGAGGGUGUGGCACUACGACGAGGAGUUCCGAUCCGGCGGCGGCUCUCCCAAGCCGGCGUCCCCCGCCUCCCUGGAGCACGGUGACGGGGCAGCGAGCAGCGGCGGCUUCGUGGCGCUCAACCUCAGCUCCGGCAGGCAGGACCUGGACUCCAGGGAGUGGGUGCUGGUGGAGCAGCCCGGUGGCUCGCCGGCAGCCAAGGCCAGCUCCAGCCCCUCGGAGGAGGAGCCGGAGAACCUCCAGCCCGGGGAGCGGUCGCCCGGCUGGGAGAGAGGCAUCCCCAGUCCGAGCAAGGCCAAGCAGGACAGCAUGGCGUCCUCCAAGGGAAGUACAAGAGUGGACAAGAUGGAGCUCAGCGUGGGUCCUGCUGUGGCUCUGCCCCCCAUCACUCCCACCAGCCCUGGGGAAGCUCUGGCUGAGGGGGUCCUCACUCAGCUCCCCACCUCCCUGCCAGAUGAAGUCGCCACCCGGACAUCCAGCCCCAUCCCUCUGCGCUCACCCAGCCCCCACACCUUCCUGAGCACCUUGUCGGACCCCCUGCACCAGCGCCACCCGCUGACCGUGAGGCGCACUCAGUCCGCCGACCAGCAACAACAGCAUCGGCGGCAGGACGGCCCGCUCUCGUCCUCCUCUUGCCACGCCUCCUUACCGCUUCCACCCGGCCCUUCCCCCGGCGCGCGCUCGCCCGGCCGCAGGAAACUGCCCGCCAUCCCGGCCGGCGCCGCCAACACCAAGUUCCCCUCAGUUAUACGCAUCACCCGGGCCCAUCUGGAGCAGUUGACGGCCCAUCGUCCCUCCGGGCUGUCCUCCCUUUCGGGAUCGGACACCGGCGCUCCGCAGUGCCUCCUGCUGGAGCGCCGUGACGACGACGUUGAAGUUCUGCCCGUGCAGGAGCGCACGGCGGACAUCAGCUCCCCGCUGGACCACCCGGGGACGCCCGCAGAGCCGCCGGCUGAGACUCUUGUCAACGGAGACGGCCACCCCAAAACCCCGAGUCCCGCGCCAAGUCACGUAAGCUCGCCCUCCUCUCCUGGCUUGACCAAAGGACAUCUCUCAAGCUUCCCAAAGUUAGAAAAGAGCGCUGAAGAGGAGGGUGUAAAAGACACCCUCGCUCCAAGUGUCCCCGCCUCCCCCUUGUCGUCCCCCGCCGGCCCCCGUAAGAACCCCAGCCGCCGACAAAGCCGCAUCCCCGUGCUGGAUCCUUCCAUCCUCCUGGACCCGCCUCCUCCAGGCUCGGCCAAAGAGAAGCUCCUGCAGAAGAAAGCCAGCAACCCGGGUCCUCUUCCCUCGCCCUCCGCCUCGCCAUCGCUCUCAGACAGGCGUGCCGCCGUGGCCUCGCUCGCCAGAGACCCCUUGUCCUCGGCCUCCGACCGCUCUCAGGAAGAGGACUCGCUGAUGGGCUCCCGCUCGGACCGGCAGGGGGACGCCUCCCUGUCUUCCUCCUCCAGCCCUCUGUCGCGCCGUAGCAGGAUUCCUCGUCCCGUCCAUACGCUUUCUGCUGAGCAGCUGGCCGCCCAGUUCCUGCCCCGCCCGCCCCCUGGGAAGCCACCAUGCCGCAACACGGUGGAGGGCAGGAUCCGCCGCUACCGCAUCCGAGCGGGCAGCACCAGCGACUCCGACCUCCUGACCUGCCUGGCCCAGCUGGUUCACGGCGCCCGCGGCUCCCCCGUCCACCACCAUCGCUCCGCGGCCCAACACGGCUGCUCCAGGAUGGGCGUGAGCAGCCUGACCGGCUCGCCGCACCACGUCCGCAGCUCCAGCGCCUCGCCGCGUAGCUCCUCCUCCCUGCAGCGCUCCGUCAGCUCCUCGCCGUCGCGCCACGAGCACCGCGGCAGCGGCGGCGGCGGCAGCGGCGGCGGCGGCGGCGGCGGCGGCUACCUGGGACGUAGCCGCUCCCCGCCCAGCUUCUCCGGCUCGCCUCCUCUGCGCCGCUUCUACGCGCACCACCAGGAGACGUGCUGCAGCCGGCAGGCCCGCGCGGCGCCAUUCCACACGUCCAGGGGUAAGGUGUGCAGUCGGGAGGGGAAGUGCUCCAGCAAGCUAGCAAGAUAGUUGCUCACACUUCCUGUAUCCUUCUCUCUCAUCAUCCCCUUUUCUAAUAAGUUAUCUUCUAGAUAACAAACUAGUGCAGCUGCAGACUUCUCCUGUCCUGUCCAGGAAUUAGUCAGACCCCUCCAUCGCCUCCAUCUUUGUUCAUGCAGUAUAUAGCCACGUAUUUAUCAUGAAUGCACUACUGGGACUAUAUUGUAUUUAUUCACAUAUUUAUUUGUCCGACUCACCUUUUCCCCCCCGGUGGUCGUGCGCACGUUUCAUCGUGAGGGGUCGCCUCAGAAACGAUGUCCGCGAUACAAUCAAGUCUUGUGGAUCCGUCACACGCCCGUGCCUACUGUCGCCAACAGGAAGUUGACUCUUCGCUCACAAACGUGUCGCGACGCAAUUUGUGCGGCAAUCCAGGUGUGGUUAAAUGCUGUGAUUACAGUAAGAACCGCCAUUUAAGAACUUCAUUGGUUCUUGAACCGGGUCGGGAAACGGAAAAGUUCAUAAGGUGAAGCAAAUGUCUCCAUAAGAAACAUUAUAAAUAUGAAUAAUGGACUCCGGCCUGGACUAAAGUGCAUAUUUUAGUGAAGGUUUGUAUACUUUGAGCAUAAUAUCAAGUGUUAUAGCAGGGGUCCCCAAACUUUUUGACUCGGGGGCCGCAUUGGGUUAAAAAAUGUUGACUGGGGGCCGGGCUGUAUAUAUAUAUAUAUAUAUAUAUAUAU